AUGCUCCGGCUGGUCAAGACCCUCAGCUGCUGCCUUUGCAUGCUACUACCUGUAGCCUGUGGGGCUCGGCACACUUUUGCCAACUUCCCAGUCCGAAGAAGCAUGGAUUCUGUUCCACAGCAGGUCAAAACUUUCAGUAGACCUGCCACACUGCUGGCUGAUGAGCCCUACUCCAGAGGAACUGGCAGCUAUUCUUCAGCCAUCUCCCCUACAGACGAUGUUUGCAGGAGCAGGCCCCUGGAUCUUGUGUUUAUAAUCGACAGCUCCCGCAGUGUCCGACCAGAGGAAUUUGAAAAAGUGAAAACCUUCCUGGCCAAAAUGAUCGACACCUUGGAUGUGGGAGAGGGAGCCACUCGGGUAGCAGUAGUGAACUAUGCCAGCACAGUAAAGGUUGAAUUUAAUCUCCGGACGUAUUUUGACAAAGCUUCCAUGAAGCAAGCGGUAUCCCAUGUCAGCCCCUUAACCGCAGGCACUAUGACUGGUCUGGCUAUUCAGACAGCCAUGGACGAAGCUUUCACAGAAGAAUCAGGCGCUAGACCUUCUUCCCUCAAUAUUCCCAAGGUGGCAAUAAUUGUGACCGAUGGUCGGCCUCAGGAUCAGGUACAGGAGGCGGCCUCCAGGGCUCGAGCGUCUGGAAUUGAGAUCUAUGCAGUUGGGGUUGACCGAGCAGACAUGCAGUCCCUACGGCUGAUGGCUAGCGAGCCAGUGGAUGAUCACGUUUCUUAUGUGGAGACUUAUGGUGUGAUUGAAAAGCUGGCUUCGAAAUUCAGGGAGACUUUCUGUGCUGUGGAUGCCUGUGCACUUGGAACACACAACUGCGAACAAAUCUGUGUGACCAGCGAUGGGUCCUGGCGCUGCGACUGCUAUGAGGGGUACACCCUGAACCCAGAUAAGAGAACUUGCUCAACUAGGGAGACCUGUGCCUCUGGAACUCAUAACUGUGAGCAAAUCUGUGUGAGUACUGAUGACUCCUGGCGCUGUGACUGCAAUGAGGGGUAUACCCUGAACCCAGAUAUGAGAACCUGUUCAAAAACAUCUGAUACAGCUGGAACCCACAACUGUGAGCAGAUCUGUGCAGCCAGAGAUGGCCUUUGGAACUGUGAUUACUAUGAAGGGUAUACCUUAAAUCCAGAUAAGCAGACUUGUUCAAUCCGGUCUUCCACUGAGGAUGUCUGUGCAUCUGGAACCCAUGACUGCCAACAAAUCUGUGUUCCUGGUGGCCAGUCUUAUUACUGUGAGUGCUAUGAAGGAUACUCCCUGAAUGCGGAUAAGAAAACAUGCUCAAGUUCUGCUGAUCACACGGUGCUGUGA